AUGUCUAUAACCAAAGACGUAAAGGAAGAUAUACCAGAUUCCGCAUCAGUUGAUGUGCAGAGCCAGCCUGUUGCUCUGAGCCGGAAGGAGACGCUUAGCGCCUAUUUUACCAUAGCAGCCGCAGCAUUUGGGCUCAUCAGCGAUGGAUACCAAAACAAUCUUAUGACCAUGUCUAAUGUGGUGUUCAGAAAGCUGUAUCCAAAGGAAUAUACUUCUUCUGUGUCAACUCGGGUAUCUAAUGCUCUUUUAGUUGGUGCAGUCAUUGGCCAAGUUGUCGUUGGACUCGUCUGUGAUCGACUGGGCAGAAAGGUCGCUUUGGUAUCCACAACACUUUUGAUUGUCCUAGGUGCCACGCUCGGAACUGCUGCACAUGGUGCGCACGGAAGCGUCGAAGGCUUAUUUUGGUUUUUGACUUUUGCACGAGGAAUCACUGGUAUCGGGGUCGGGGGUGAAUAUCCCGCAUCGUCGACAAGUGCAAGUGAGGCAGCGAACGAGAAAAUGCCGAAGAACCGGGGUCCAGUCUUCAUCAUGGUCACGAAUUUCGUCCUCAGCUUCGGUGGACCUCUCGCGGUGUCUGUCUUUUUGAUUGUUCUUUCAGCUGCUGGAGAAACCCAUCUUUCCACAGUUUGGCGUGUCUGUUUUGGAAUUGGAAUUCUCCUUCCACUAACUGUCUUGGUUUUCCGUUUGCGGAUGUUGAGUUCCAAACUAUAUCGGAAGGGUGCCAUCAAAAAUCAUGUUCCGUACUUCCUGGUUUUUAAACGUUAUUGGAAGACGUUGAUCGGGACCUGUGGGGCCUGGUUUCUAUACGACUUUGUAACAUUUCCGAACGGUGUAUUUUCAGGCACCAUAAUAUCGAGUGUGACUCAUAAUAACACUCUCAAAGAGACAGCUGAAUGGCAGCUGUUGCUCGGAGCGAUUGCUCUGCCUGGCGUUUUUGUAGGAGCCUGGCUGUGUAAUCCACUUGGUCGUCGGAAUACGAUGAUGGUGGGGUUUGGAGGAUACCUUGUCAUAGGGUUGAUCAUAGGUCUUGCAUAUGAUAAAAUCACAAGGAUUAUUCCACUAUUUAUUGUUUUCUAUGGUUUGAUGCAAUCAUUCGGAAACCUGGGACCUGGAGAUAUGUUGGGUCUCGUGAGCGCAGAGUCAUAUCCGACACCUAUUAGAGGAACUUGCUAUGGCUUGUCGGCCGCCAUCGGUAAGGUUGGAGCGGCAGUAGGAACGCAAGCAUUCACACCCAUCCAGAACAACUUGGGAAAGAAAUGGACUUUCAUCAUCGCGGCCAUCUGUGGUGUUAUUGGAAUUGUGGUGACCUAUUUUUUUGUUCCCGACAUGACAGGUGUCGACCUUGCAGACGAGGACAUCCGUUUCAUGGAGUAUUUGGCUGCGGAGGGCUGGGUGGGUGAAGUAGGCGAGGACAAAGAAAAGGACCUGAUCGGGGAAAUAUCGUUGACACAGGAAGGAGAUGUUGAAUCGACGUGA